AUCGAAAGCACUAUUCGUAUUCAUAUUGCAUUGCAUUUGUAAUGCAAUUCCUGUCUCGUCUACAGUAGCAGUGAUUCCUUACGACAGUAUUUGUAGUAAUGUUUUGAUUCCUAUAGACAUUGAAUGCACUGAACGUUUGCGCCAAUCACAUGGCAGUCACUAAACCAUAUGAUUUGCUUUCAUAUGAAUUGUUAGCUUAAAUAGUGAUCACACAGUGAAACAGUUACCAUCAUUUCGUGGUGAACUAUAUUCUGGAGACACGAGACACAUCCUCUCAUUUGUCGAUCGCGAGCAACGUUUGUCCCAAUUGAUCAGUCCAUCAGUGGUGAGCCAUGAGUCCAGACCAGGAGAGUGUGCGUAAGGAGCGGAUCGUCUAUAAGCUGGUGCUGACGGGCGGCCCCUGUAGUGGUAAGACGACAGGUCAGGCACGACUGUCCACAUUCUUCGAGAACCUGGGGUGGAAGGUGUAUAGAGUGCCCGAGACGGCCACCACCCUCUUCAGCGGUGGCAUCCGCUUCCCGGACCUGACGCCCGAGGCUCAGGACAAGUUCCAGGAGAACCUCAUCAAAGUGAUGAUCGCCACGGAGUCGACGUUCUUUGAUUUGGCCGAAGCC